AUGCAGUCACGCAAUGACGAAGAAGAAAACGAAGUACAAUCUAUGGUCGCGCCAGUGUCCAAGGUAUGGGUACAGGAAGUACGAGAUGCGUCGCUGUCGUCGUCUUCCACGGCGUCGUCGCUGGAGUCGCUAGAGGAGCUGUUUGACGAGGCGAAUGACGAGGCGAAUGACGAGGCGAUGAUUUCUAUGCAGGAGACGAGUGCCAUGCUGCCUACAGCACAGAAUACAAGCACAGAGCUUGGCCAGGAAGACGAGGAGAGCGAGGAAGAAGAAAUGGACGAAGACGAUGUCUUGGCCUUUGAGGCGCACAUGCAUGCCAACACGAACGACGACUUUGUGGAUCCUACGGAGGCCACUGCCUCCCCUGCACCCAAGUCAGGGACACAACUGCCUACCAAGCGUCUUUCACGCUCGCGCCUCUCGCCUGCGUCCGAACGCGGGCUCAUCGAGAUGCUCGUCCACGUCUUGGACGAAGCGCCCGCGGCGUCGACAGAGGAUGCAGAAACAUUGGCCGCCCAGCCUGUGCCUACCUGGAUAUGGGAUCGCCUAUGUGAAAAGUUUCCCGAACAUGCGCUGCCUGCAUGGCAGCGGUACUAUGAGCGCAACAAGGUGAUGGUCUGGCAGGCCGCGCUGGAUCAGUACUCUCUUCGUGCUACGCCCUCGACGAUCUUUCCCUCUUCGUCGACGCCGGUGCGGCAGGCACCACCGGCACCACGCGACGAAGCGCCGACGCCCGCACGCCCACGGCGUACAACACGCUCCAGUGUGCUAGGCGGCAUGCCGGCCGCGGCGGCGCCCACGCAGCCGCCCGUCCCCGUCACAGCACCGACGCCUGAGGUGGAGGAGGCGGCCAGUUCCACGCUCCACACGCCCCAAAGCCAAGCGAUUCCCCCGGCGUUCACACCUGCCACGGUGCGUGUGGGCCAACGGAGUGGGCAUCGCGAAGCCAAAGUCAUCGCUCGCGCCGAGGGGCGGACCAACGAAGGCACGCCAUCGCCGUCUAUGGAGCGCAAGCGGCCACGAACCUCGUCGUUGUCCCCGGAUCUGUCCACGUCCUCGGCGCCUGUCCAAAUGGAACGCACACGCCAUCCGCCGUCGCGUGCGGAGGAAAUGCGUGCUCGUGCUCAGUACGAGGCGCAUGUUUGGGCCCUGUGUGCGGACUAUGGCUUUGUCUCACCGCGUCAGCUGAUGCCGUACAUGAUCGAAGUGGGUGGAGACGUGGAGCAGUGCCGACGUAAGGUGCAGAAGCAUAUGGAGCACUUGGCACGUCAGUACCAAAUGGAGACGCUGACGAUUAUUGAGCUUCUUGAUGCACACCACGGCAAUGUUGAGCAGCUUAUGACGGUGAUGAACAUCCAGCAGCGAGCGCGGGCUCGACAGUUUUCACGCACCCAUUCGAAUUUUACAUAG